UUAGGUAGUGACAACUGAGCUCGUGUUCAUGCCAACAGUGAGUCAGCCUGCGAGUGAGAGCAAGAUCAUUUGUAACGGGCUUGAUGAACAACUCUCUCGCCGACAGUAGUUACUAGGAAUCUAUUAGAGAAGAUACACGGCCUACGGACUGUACAACAGCACCAUAAAUCUUGACAUAGGGAGGAAGUGAUGGCGGAGGUGGACCAUCUUAUAGCGACUUGGAUUACCGACAACCUCGUCUAUAUCAUCUUGUUCCUCCUCCUCGCAUGGACCUUCAAGAGGCAUGGUGCUGCCCUCAGACACAGGUGGUUUGCUUUCAUCAUGUCUCGUUUAACCAAGGAAAAAGAUGCUAAGCUUGAAGAGGUUAAGAAGGAUUUGUUUGCCAGCCUGGGAGCCAUAGUAUCUCAUGACCCACAACUGAGGAAGAAUAAAGCCAUCAAGAUCUUGGAGGUUGGUGUUGGAACUGGUGUUAAUUUCUCUCACUAUCCAAAUGGCAGUCACCUGACAGUGGUGGAUCCCAACCCACACUUCGUGAAAUAUUACAAUGACAACAGGAAGAAGUUCCCAAACAUUCACUCACAGGACAUCAUAGUGACCACUGGUGAGGAGAUGGACCAAGUUGAGAGUAACAGUGUAGAUGUUGUGGUGAUGACGCUGGUCUUGUGUAGUGUUGGUCACACUGACAAGAUCCUGCAACAAAUACUACGUGUUCUUGUACCUGGUGGAAAGUUCUACUUUUUGGAGCACAUACGGGAAUUUGACUCUGAGAAGUACGGCAUAAGACAGAAGCUACAAGACUUCCUCACAGAAACUGGCAUAUGGCCAUUGUUAUUCGACGGUUGCUGCCUGAACCGUGAUAUGUUAUCUGCCAUCAACGAAGCAGGUUUCUCCAGUGUUAUCGGUGAGCGUUUCUAUGCUCCCAUUUCCAACUUUUUCUUCAAGAUUAUACAACCUCAGUUAAAGGGAGUUGCAGAGAAGUGAAUGUUGUUAUAAGAGGCUUUUGUUGCUGAGCUUUGGUCUUAUUGUUGGCUGAAAGAGUUACUUAUUUUCUUUAUGGUCAAGAGGGAUGCAAUGUGUCACCUACAGCAGUUCUCCUGAUUGUUAUUAGUUAACUGAACUGAACAUGUUAAUGUAUUUAACAUAUUAGCAAUAUACAGUACAUCUUAGUGAACAUAUUAACAAUGUGAAAAUGCUAAUAAUGUACUGAACAUGAUAGCAAUGUACUAAACAUGAUAGCAAUGUACUAAGCAAUGAUAACAAUGUACUAAACAUGAUAACAAUGUACAUUUAGGGAACUUGUAAAACUUAAAAUUGCUAGACAAAACAUAAUGAAUAUGAAUUUUGUGAAUGAUGACAGGAGACUGUGUGAGUUGGUUGACCACACACAUGUCUGUCUCUUUUGACAAUGCUUCCAUAAAUUAGAUCAUGCAGCUAAAUGCAGCACAGGGCUUAUAGACGAGUAUUAACCCUUUUGUUGUGAUCGAUGACAAGAUUGUUGAACCUGCUCGUGUAAUGGAGAAGUACUACAGUAGUGUGUACGGUAUAUGGGAAAAACUCAUGAGAAUGUUUAAUCUUAUUUAAAUAAUGUACACUGUUAACUAACACUUAUAAAACCUUGUUUUAAUAAUGUACACUGUAAACUAACACUUAAAACCUUAUUUUACUAAUGUACACUGUUAACUAACACUUAUAAAACAUUAUUUUAAUAAUGUACACUGUUAACUAACACUUAAACAUUAUUUUAAUAAUGUACACUGUUAACUAACACUUAAAACCUUAUUUUACUAAUGUACACUGUUAACUGACACUUUGUCACUUAUAAACCUUCAUUAUACUCAUGUUCACUAUAAGUAACACUUAUCCACUUAUAAAACCUUGUUUUAUUCAUGUUCACUGUUAACUAGCACUUUUUCUCAUACAGUAUUAACUUAUAAACUAAACACUAGAGAUGUUCACGUCCUGGCACUCAUAAACCAGAUAAAGAAAGUGUGAGGACCACUACAGUAGUACAGUGUGAGGACCACUACACACCACAAUUAGUGCAGCCAUUUCAACAAAAGGGUUAAUAUUAUUAAGGAAAAAAUUGAAGUUUAUAUAAUUUUUUUUUUUAACAAAGUGGGUGUAGGCUUCUUCUCUUGUAGUAAAUACUUUAUCAUGUGCCUUAAUAAAAGAGUUAGAUGCUGCA